AUGAGGGCUGAAUCGUAUCAAGGGAUAGUUGAGAGUAUAACAUCUAAUGGUGUUAUUAGUGCAAAAUCUGUUGGUAAGCGUGUUCUUCUUCCUAAGACCUUUACAAGUGGCCCGCGUGAUCUACGUUGUCGUUACAUGAAUGCGCUGGCACUUGUCGCGAAAUUUGGACGCCCAGAUAUUUUUCUCACAAUGACUUGUAAUCCAAAGUGGGUGGAAAUUCAAAGUGAAUUAUUUCCUGUUGAGAAGAGUCAUAAUAGAGCUGAUUUAUAUGCAAGAGUUUUCAGGGCAAAAAAUGAGGAACUAAAAAAGGAAAUUGUAAAAGACUCUUUGUUUGGGGUAGUUGCAGCUUAUUUUUAUGUGAUUGAAUUUCAGAAAAGAGGCCUUCCACAUGUUCAUUGGUUGAUAAUAUUACAACCACGAUAUAAGGUGACUUCAACUGAUGCUUAUGAUCGAUUUGUAUCUGCUGAGAUUCCAGAUCUUGACCUGACUCCACAUCUACAUUCUUGUGUUAUUAAUCAUAUGAUGCAUGGGCCAUGUGGUGAACUCAACCCAAAGAAUGCAUGCAUGAUAGGGGAAAAAUGCAAAAGUUAUUAUCCUAAAGAGUUUAAGUUAAACACUGAACAUCGGUUGGACUCAUACCCUGACUACAGGCGUAGAGAUGAUGGAAAGUGGUUGGAUAACAGAUGGGUGGUCCCUUAUAAUGCUUAUUUAUUGGCAAAGUUUGAUUGCCAUAUUAAUGUCCAAGUUUGUACGAAUGUUAGAUCAGUGAAGUAUCUUUACAAAUAUGUUUGUAAGGGUAAUGAUCAAAUAGCAUACAAUAUUGUUGAUGUUGAAUCUGCAGAGCCAAUAGAUGAGAUUUCUGAUUUUCAAAAGUCACAGUGGCUUUGUGCUCCGAAAGCUAUGUGGCGAAUUUAUGGAUUUGAUAUUUUUGAUAUGUAUCCAUCAGUUUUGCAAUUACACGUGCAUUUGUCGGGGUAUCAACAGGUUUUUUUCGCGGCCAACCAAUCUCUUUCGAAAAUUGUAGAUUCUGAUCGUGCUAACAGGACACAACUUACAGAGUUUUUUGAGAUGAAUAAAUUUGUUGAAGUUGCAGCACUAAAUUUAUUGUAUCGGGAAUUUGUUGAACAUUUUGUAUGGAGCUUACAAACUAGGAGGUGGACACUGCGCUCUAGGUUAGGAACAAUUGGUAGACUUGUCUCUGUCAAUAUUACAGAAGUGGAGCGUUUUUAUCUAAGGCUUUUGCUGAAUCAUGUUAGGGCUCCAACAUCUUUUGAAGAUUUAAGAACAUCAAAUGGAGUAUUGUUUUUGUCUUUUCGGGAGGCAGCUCUUGAUAGAGGCUUGUUGGAUUCUGACAACGAUGUUAGGCAUGCGAUUCACGAAGCUGUAACUUAUCAAAUGCCGUCUGCUCUGCGAAAAUUAUUUGCGAUUAUACUUGUUUUUAAUUCCCCUUCUGAUCCCAAAAAUCUGUGGAUUGAAUUUAGAGAUGCUUUAUCUGCUGAUAUAAUGCGGGAUUAUCUAUUAGACCAUGUAGAGGGUUAUCGGUUAUCUCUACGGUCCAUUGAUUCUUUUUUGCAAAUGAUGGGUCAUGGGAUCGAUGAGUACUCUGUGGUCGAUUAUAUAGUUGGGUUGACUCGUGAAGAGAUAAAUAGUCGUGAAUUUGCAGCUGAAAUUAAUAUGCCAGUUGCAGAAUCUGAUUUAGGUUCGGUGGGUCGUUUUAAUGAAAGACAACGCUUUGCUUAUCUUGUAAAAUCCUCAAAUUUUCGAUAG